AUGUCCAGCUCCUCCAUCGUGCUGCUGAUCGGCGCCUCCAUGACCGUGUUCCUCGUCCUCUCCCUCGUCACCUUCCUCUGCGCCAACCGGCAGCAGCUGCGCAGCGUCGUCGAUGCGGAGCUUGGGCGCGGCCGAGCGUGCGCCGCGGGCAUCGACGAGGACGCCCUGGCUGCGUACCCGACCAUGAUGUACUCGAAGUUGAGGCGGGACCAUGGUCGAGUACCUCCCUUUUGGCUGUCGGGAUCCACGGAAGAGAUUGGCUCUGGGUCUAAUUGGCAUAUGUGCGAGCUACCAAUCGCGUUCUAUGAUCACGCCUCCGCGUGA